AUGGGGAAGGUGAACUACAAGCGGCUGAAGGGGGGACAGCAGUUCCGGCAGCGGCUGGUGCUCGCGACGCUCUCCUCAACCCCCAUCCUCAUCGAGGACAUCAGGUCGGACGACAUAUCCCCAGGUCUCCGUCCUCACGAGGUCUCGCUCCUCCGGCUGGUUGAGAGGAUCUCCGAUGACUGCACCGUCGAGAUUAAUGAUACAGGUGCGCCCCCCAACAGAUAUAUUCUUUGUCGUUGGAUUUUCCUCCUCUUGUUCUGGUCUGAUUUUGUUCCUCGCACGUUUCUUGUUCAGGCACGAAGCUGAAGUACAAGCCCGGGGUGGUGAUUGGGGGGAAGCACCUGGUCCACGACUGUGGGCUCAGCCGUUCCAUUGGUUACUUCUUGGAGCCUCUCAUCCUUCUCGGCCUCUUCGGGAAGAAGCCUCUCUCUAUCAGACUCAAAGGUUCCACUCAAUUCCCCUGUUCCCCACCAGUAAAGCAAGCCUACAAGUUAUCUCUUGCUUGCCUGAUAAGUAUUGGUCCAUGGGCACUGCGUAAACUCAACAUAUGGGUAGCUUUAGCGGAUUAAUCAUGAAAAUGGCUAAUUUUCUUCAGCUACAUUUGUUCAUACGGCAUGAGAUGAUCCUGAAAUCAUUAGCCAUUAAUCCAUUUCACCUCUGCAUAAUUUUGACCAUCUUGCGUGUGGGUUAAUCUAUGUUCCUUUCACUUUGCCUUUUAAAAGUGAGUACCCCUUCCCCUCUUGGUUAUCGAGGUAGUUUCUAUAAAGUUGUCCUGUUCGUUUAAGGCUAAAGAGUUUCUUUGUUUCAGGGAUCACAAAUGACCCCAAGGAUCCCUCUGUUGAUACAUUCAGGACGACGACAAUGCAUUUGCUCAAGCAUUUUGGAGUUCCAUUGGAGGGUUUGGAUUUGAAGAUAGAAAGCCGGGGGGCUCCACCCCUGGGUGGUGGAGAGGUGGUUCUCGGAGUUCCUAUUGUUCCGGGUAGCUUGUCGGUGAGUUGUUGGGUUUCCCUCUUCUGAAAGCAAUAUCCUUUGUCCAUCCUUUUUCUUGCCAUCUCACCUUUGCGCGUGUACUUUCUCUCAUUCUUUCCCUAGGCAGCGAACUGGAUUGAUGAGGGAAUGGUCAGGAGGAUUCGAGGUGUAGCAUUCUCUACAAGAGUUUCACCUCAGAUUGGGAACCGUAUGGUUUAUGCUGCCCGAGGAAUCUUCAAUAGCUUUAUCCCAGAUGUUCACAUCUUUAUUGACAGUAAAUCUGGACCUUCUGGGGGAAAGUAUGAGCUUUUCCUUGAAUGAUAUUUUUUGCCCUGCACAGUUCGCUGCUCUUGCUGCCUUAUUGACUGUUCUUCCGUUCGCUUGUUGGACAUGUCCGAAUAUUUAGAAUCUUAAUGUGAUCUUGCCAUCUUUACUGCCUUCCGUGAAUUCCAGCAACUUGUGGUAUCUGAGUUUAUGAUAUUGUUGUCUUGGUAUAUCCAAGAUGUUUGAUGAAACUCGUUUGUAUGUAUGUAUUCGAGAGAUCUUUGCCUUUUGGAGACCCACCUUCCCAUAUGAACUCAAGAACAUGGGUAACGACUUGUUUUUAGCCUUCAAGACCCCAACACGUUUUCUUUUGGUUUGUAUACGCCGCAGGUUACAUUCUCUCUACAAAUGUUAAGGCCCAAGUUUGAUAGAUGAUGCUUAGUCUGUGCUCUCCAAUGGAUAUGUUUUACCUAAUGACUCUACUGUAGCUAGUGCUUGCUCAAUAGGGCAGUCUCUCAUUAUCAUGGAAGAUACCCAUAUGCUAGAGCUCCUGUAGGAACUGGCAAAGAUGGUCAAGGCUAUCCGAUUUUUCUGCUCCUUUUCCACAUGAUAAUUGAACUUUUAAUUGACGACAUAAGAAGUCAGCUUUUAGGAGUAGACGCUGAGUACUUAUCUUUUUCUGUCUAAAAUCCUUUUUUACUUAGUGAGGAAAGUUUCUUACUGUGUCUUACCAUACAUGAGGCAGGAUCAUGCAGCUUCGAGUAGGGUAGGGGAUUCAUAUUUCAUUACCUCUGCCCUUCAUCCUUGGCCUAUGCCAUUCUAUACAUUUAUACUGCAUCAUAGAGACAAGAUGGCUGUUUCAUAUUCGCUUUAUUAAUCGAAGCAUAGUUGUAAAUUGGCUUCUCCUUCUUGUUGGUCUACCUUUUGAUGAAUUUAAAUGAAACUUUAUUUUGCCAGAUAUUCAAAUCCUACUUGAUUAAAUGAACUUUGGUAUUUUUUUUUAUGUUAGAUCUCCGGGAUAUGGGAUAUCUUUGGUCGCAGAGACAACUUCAGGUUGUCUGAUCUCUGCAGAUUCUGCAGUUUGCUAUACGCAAGAGGAUUUGGAUCACAUGAAUGAUUCUGAAGAGAAGCCCGACCUGUUGCCUCCUGAAGAUCUUGGUGUCCGAGUUGCUUCUAUGCUGCUUGGAGAAAUUGAGCAAGGCGGAGUUGUUGACUCAACACAUCAGGUGGGCUGUGUUCUUAGUUCUUUUUAUUUUCAUUUUCCUGUAGUAUGUGUCCUGAUCAUUGUUUCUCAUGAUUAUUAAAUAAAACAAUAUUAACAAUGGAACGCUCUUCCUCUGCUUGAAAUUGCCGAACAUAAUAUUUCCCUCUAGAUCCAUGUUCACUUGAGUAUCCAAUUCAACAACUGUUUAACAAUGCCUCAUAAGCAUCUGAAAGCCUGUUGAACUCUCCGGUCACCAGAGAACAUUGGUCAAUUGGAGGGUUCCAUUGCGACGGCCCAUGUCAUUUCUAUCUGUGAUAAGUUUAUAUAUCUGGUCAAGGGCCACGAGUGAUGCAUAUAUAUAUAUAUAUAUGAACAUCUAACCGGAUGUUUAGAGAAUUAUGAGAAGAGCGGUCAUUCCCUGGUGCUCCAUAUUAUGAAGCAAUGAUGUUAAUGCUCAAUUCAUAUUCAUCAGAGAAUCAAUUCAAUGUCCGAUAAGUGGCCCCAUGUUAUUUUUUGGAUUCUUGCACUGAUUCCAUCCUCCGAAUUGUCGCAGGGACUGGUGUUCCUCCUGUGCGCUCUGUGCCCUCAAGAUGUGUCCAAGGUUCGGGUUGGGCGACUCACCCCAUAUGGCAUCGAAACACUGAGGAACAUCCGAGAGUUCCUCGGCGUCAAGUUCGUGAUCACCCCCGAGCCAGUGACGAGCACCGUGCUGCUCAAAUGCGUUGGUUGCGGCCUGAAAAACCUCUCCAGAAAGGCCUCAUGA